UUAUGUUUAUUUAAGUCAGCAGGUCAGGCUGUCAGACAAACUGGACAAAACACAAAAAUGUAUAAUCCAUUUGAAUGAAAAAUGUAAUUUGUAUUAAAAUAAUAAAUUAUGAAAUAUCGUAUCACACCGUUGCGAUUUCUACAAAAGAAUUGGCUUUUAGUAGGUAUUUUGUGCUGUAUUUUUGUAGCCGGUAUUUACCCAAAAUUAGGAUCUAAACAAGGGCCUUUACGAACGGAGUACACAGUAAAAUAUGGUGCAGUAUUCAUUAUAUUUUUAGUAAGUGGUCUGUCUUUGAAAACAGAUAGCAUUUUUAAAACAUUCCAACAAUACAAGUUACAUUGCUUUAUUCAAUGUUUCACAUUUAUUUUUAUACCCCUUUUUGGGGUAGUAUUAAUCCAGUUUUUAUAUAUUUUUGGAGUUCAUCCAUGGGUAUUAAAAGGAAUCACUACAGUAGCAAGUAUGCCCCCUCCUGUUUCUAGUGCCGUAAUUUUGACCAGGGCUGCACAAGGGAAUGAAAGUGCAGCAAUAUUUAAUUCUAUUUUGGGCAGUUUUAUAGGUAUUAUAGUAACUCCUAUUUUAUUGCUUCUUCAGUUGGGUUCAACAACAAUAGUUCCCCUUUUAGAUACUGUAUUUCAGCUUGCAGUAACAGUGCUUUUACCUUUGACGAUUGGUCAAGUUUUAAAGAAACACACUAAAUUGAAAAUCCAAACGUUGCCUUUGAAUACAAUCAGCCAGUGUGCUCUAUUGUUCGUUAUUUAUACUACAUUUUGUGAUACAUUCCUAGUACCAGAAACGGGACUUUCCGCUUUGGACGUACUUUUUACAGUAUUUUCAGUUCUCUUAAUGCAACUGAGUUUGAUGAUGAUCAGCUUUCAUUUGGCAAACAUGUUUAUAAAAUAUUUCAAUCCGCAAGAUAUUAUAGCUAUAAUAUUUUGUUCGACGCACAAAUCUUUAACGCUAGGCAUUCCUAUUCUUCGAAUAAUGUUUCACGGAUACUCACACCUAAGUCAAAUAAGCUUACCACUUUUGGUGUACCAUCCAACUCAGAUAAUUUUGGGUGGCUUAGUCGUUCCUCAGUUGAAAGAUUGGAUGCAUUCGCAGAGAGCAAAACGACCACCAGUGUAGAUGUACAUAUUGAUUCGUAGAGAGCGCUAAUAGAUUAUGAAACAAAUUCAUUGCAAAUUCAAAUAUUUUGCAAACAAUUUAUUUUAGACAAAAAUCCUUAAAUAUGUCCAUUUGUAAUUUUAAAUGCCAAUUUUUUAAUAAUCUGCGAAAAUUAUGACGUCAUUAGUUUUAACACAGUGACGUAAUCGUUGAUUUUUUUAAAUUUUGACUAAUGCUUAUACAGGGACAAUAAAACUUACAUAAAUACACAAA